GAGAGAGAGAGGGAAGGAAGGAAGGAGGAGAGGGAGAGGUCCGUCUCUGGGCAGCUUGUGCUGGGAGCCCCUGGUGCUCUGGGAUGCUUCAUCCUACGGUCAGUGCGCGACUCUCCGCAGCCCGAAGCCCCUCUCAGUCGCUUCGCCCGGGCGCUUCUUCACGCCAUGCAGCAGCGCGUCCUCAUUCUCGCAACCGGCUCGCUCCCAAAAUCCAGGCACUUCCCGGCCAAGGUAUUCUUAAGCGUCGUUCAUAUUUUGACCAUCGCAGUUGCAGCCAGCAAGACAGGUGUCAGGAACAAAUGCACUGCUGAAAAAACGAACCGUUGCAGCGAUUGCCUCCUCCUGGGUCCUGAAUGUGGAUGGUGUUUUCAAAAGGAAUUUUCUGAUAAAUCACUGCAUAGAUGUGACUUGGUUGCCAAUCUUAUUGAAAAGGGCUGCAAAUCAGAUUUCAUUGAAUUUAUUGAAGUCGAAAAAAUAAUAGAAGAAGAAGAAUCACAAAAUUCUCAGCUAACUCCUGGAAAAGUCUCUUUACAGCUACGACCAGGCAGUGAGAUGAACUUUGUAGUGAGAGUUCAGCAACUAGACAAGUACCCAGUGGACCUCUACCAUUUGGUUGACACAUCGGCAUCAAUGGUGGCUAAUCUGGAAAGAUUACACUCAAUGGGACAUUUUUUAUCACAAAAGAUGGCUAAAUAUUCCAGUGAUUUCCGAUUUGGGUUUGGAUCAUUUGUGGAUAAGCCGGUGUCUCCAUUUAUUAACAUUCAUCCAGAAAAACUUAUUAAUCCUUGCAGUAUUUAUGAAACAUCUUGUCUACCAGCACAUGGGUUUAAGCAUGUAUUAUCUCUGACAAAUAAUAUAUCUGAAUUCAGAAAAGCUGUAGAGAGACAAAGAAUAUCUGGAAAUGAGGACACACCAGAGGGAGGUUUGGAUGCAAUGCUUCAAGUUGCAGUUUGUGAGAAUCAAAUAGGAUGGCGUAAGGAAGCAAAACAUUUGCUGCUAAUGAUAACUGAUCAGCUAUCUCACUUGGCGCUUGACAGCAAAUUGGGUGGCAUUGUCCUGCCUAAUGAUGGGAACUGCCACCUAAAGGACAAUAUGUACACCCAUUCAACUAUUAUGGAACAUCCAUCUGUGGGUUUGCUGGUGGAUAAGCUGCUGGAAAACAGCAUCCAUGUCAUUUUUGCAGUACAGGGAUCAUGCAUCAGCUGGUACAAGGAUCUUCUUCCAUUGAUGCCAGGUGCAGUUGCAAGGCAGCUAAAUGCCGAAUUAUCUAAUCUCUCUGAACUAGUGGAAAGUGCCUACCGGAGACUGCUUUCCGAAGUAGAACUGCAGGUGGACAACCAAAUCAAUGGGGUCUAUGUGAACAUCACUGCAAUCUGUCCUGAUGGCACCAAACAUCAAGGCCAAAUUAAGUGCAGAAAUGUGAAAGUGAAUGAUGCAGUUUUAUUUAAUGUAACAGUUGGAAUGACAGAUUGUUUUGAAGGAGACAACUACAUCAAUUUAAAGCCUGUUGGAUAUAAUGAAACGACUGUUAUUUCCAUAAGUAGCACUUGUGCUUGUCAGUGCAAAGGACAGAAAGGUUACAGUGCUGGUAAAUGCUUCAAUAAAGAGCUUGACCCAGACUGUAGACUUUGCCACUGUGAAGACAAAGUUACUAAUUCUUCCUGCAAAGAACAAUGCCUCAUUGAAAAUUGUCGACAGAAAAAAGAUCAGCCUGUGUGCAGUAAUCGAGGGAUUUGCAACUGUGGGAAAUGUUUAUGUUACCAGAGCAAUCUAGGUCGAGUGUUUGGAAAAUAUUGUGAGCUGGAUGACUUUUCUUGUCCUUAUCAUCAUGGGCGUCUUUGCGCAGGCAAUGGAGAAUGUAAAAGAGGUGAAUGCCAAUGUUAUGCCGGCUGGGAAGGUGAAAGCUGUAACUGUUCGUCCUCCCUAAUGUCCUGCAGGACAGGACAUGGUCAAAUCUGCAGUGGAAGAGGGACAUGUAUCUGUGGUCGAUGUCAUUGCACUGAAUCCAGAGCUUCUGGUCAUUUGUGCGAGGUUUGCCCAACAUGUGAAAGUUCCUGUGAAAACAGCUGGAAGUGUGUGCAGUGCCAUGUGUUAAACUAUUGGGCAGUGUAUCCUGCCAAUUGCACAAAAGCAUGUUCUCAAAUGGUGUUGGUGGACCAGCUUUCAGAAUUGGAGGAAGAAAAAGCACAACAUUGCAUUUUUCAAGCACAAAACAACUGCUUAUAUAAAUUUAAGAUGGUAGCAACUGACACUGAAAAAGAAUAUCUUUAUAUAUUGAGAAACCCAGAAUACUACCCUAGCCACAAUAUCGUUGCAAUGUUUCUUGUCUUCUCUGUUGGUACAGUUAUUACUGGAUUAUUCAUUGUGAUGAUAAUCAGACAAAUAGUGAUGCACUGGAACUCAAAUGAAACAACUCAUCCUGGAACCAAUUGCAAAGUAUCUCCUCCUCAAAAGGGAAAAACUUCAUUACCUAUAGUUAGUUCAGAAACUACAGCAUUCAGGCGUGACAAGCCAGAGGAGCUCCAUGUGUACAUCAACAAAAUGCAAGUAAUUUCAGAAGCUUGA